AUGCCUGGGUUUGUGUGCAAGGGACAACUGUUGUUUGAAGAUAACUUUAAUGCAAAUCUGGAGAAGGGGAAAGUUUGGAGUACCGAAAUAAUGUUUCCGGAAGCACCGGACUAUCCGUUCAACGUUUAUUUAAAUGAUCGCAAUUUGAGGGUGAGAGGCGGCGUCUUAAAAAUACGCCCCGUCACAUUGGAAUCCAAAUAUGGAGAAGACUACGUUACUCAAUCAUUGGACCUUACUGCUAGAUGCACCGGUGACUUGGGCACAAACCAAUGCACCCGAGAAUCAUCAGGAGCCCAUAUUCUGCCACCCAUCAUCACCGCGAAAAUCAACACCAAGAACCGUUUCAAUUUCAAAUAUGGCCGCGUCGAAGUUAGGGCCAAAAUGCCAGUAGGAGACUGGUUGAUUCCAAUAAUUCAAUUGGAACCUCGUGACUACGCAUACGGCUCAAAGAAUUAUGCGUCCGGUAUUAUGCGUGUUGCGUACGCGAAGGGUAACGCUGAAUACUACAAGAAAUUGUUAGGAGGCUCUAUUAUGUGCGAUACUGAACCUUACAGGAGUGCGCAUUUGAAAGAGAAAAUAGGACACGACCAUUGGGCAAAUGAUUUCCAUAACUACAGUCUUGAAUGGAGACCAGGUAAUAUAUAUUAA